AAGUAUAAAAGAGGGAUUGUUUGGGGGUACAGAGCAUUCGUUACUCGACAGUUGAACCUAACGGGUGUUGGAAACCAAUCGUCAAUUAAUUUGUGAAAUCAAGAAAUAAUAUCGAAGUUAUAAUGGCUGCAAUCACCAAUCCGAGAGUACCAUUCACGAAUUCCAUUUCUGGGGGUAUGUUCCCCGGUCGCAAGAUGGUUGUCAAGGGUGGCAUUCCUCCUGGAUCCAACGGGUUCUCGUUGAAUUUGGUUUGCGGUAGCGAUGAAAUCGCUUUUCAUUUCAACCCUCGCUUCGGAGAGCAGCGCAUCGUUCGUAACUCCUUACUUUCUGGAAACUGGGGCGCUCAGGAGACUAGUGGAGGCAUGCCGCUGAUCAAAGGAGAGCCGUUUGAAGCCCAAUUUGAGUGUCAAGAAGAUUGCAUCAGGGUGGAGUUGAAUGGAAAACACUUCUGUAACUACACACACCGUACGCCGUACCACAAGAUCACCCACGUGAAGGGAGACGGUGACGUGCUGAUCAAUCAGAUCACCUUUGAAGGAAAAUAAAUCGCCAUCUGACAAUGAUCAUUUCUCCAGUAAGAAGACAUGCUGAGUCGCUGAUAUAAUUUACUUACUUAAUUUUAUAUUUCAUUUAUUUUGUAAAAAAAAUACACUGAAAUCAAUGAUCUAACGCCAAUGAUUUUUGUAUUUUUUUUUUUUUUAAAUAAAGGUA